AUGAGAGAAUGGCUCUUGGUCCUGUCCAUGCUGUUCUAUGGACUGGCUGGCCCCACGCUCCUGUUCCAGCCGAGCCUCGUGCUGGAUAUGGCCAAGAUCCUCUUGGACAACUACUGCUUCCCAGAGAACUUGAUGGGGAUGCAGGCAGCCAUCGAGCAGGCCAUGAAGAGUGAUGAGAUAAUGAGCAUCUCAGACCCUCAGACCCUGGCCCAUGUGCUGACGGUUGGUAUGCAGAGCUCCUUGAAUGACCCGCGUCUGGUCAUCUCCUACGAGCCCAGCAUUCCAGAGGCUCCCCAGCAGGCCCCGGCUCUCACCAACCUCACACUAGAGGAACUACUUUCUGGGUUGGAGACAAACAUCCACUAUGAGAUCCUGGAAGGCCAUGUGGGCUACCUGCAGGUGAAUGACAUCCCGGGCCAGGAAGUGCUGAGCCAGCUUGGGGGAUUCUUGGUGGAACACAUGUGGAGUAAGCUCAUGGGCACCUCUGCGUUGGUGCUGGAUCUCCGAUACUGCACUGGGGGCCACAUCUCUGGUAUCCCCUAUAUCAUCUCCUACCUGAAUCCUGGGAACACUGUCUUGCAUGUGGAUACCAUCUAUGACCGCCCCUCCAAUACUACCACAGAGAUCUGGACCCUGCCAGAGGUUCUAGGAGAGAGGUACAGUGCAGACAAAGAUGUGGUGGUCCUCACCAGUGGACGCACUGGGGGUGUGGCUGAGGACAUCGCGUACAUCCUCAAGCAGAUGCGCAGGGCCAUUGUGGUGGGUGAGCGGACUGAGGGGGGUGCCCUGGACCUCCAGAAGCUGAGGGUAGGCCAGUCCAAUUUCUUCCUCACUGUACCCGUGUCCAGGUCCCUGGGACCCCUAGGUGGAGGCAGCCAGACGUGGGAAGGCAGUGGAGUGCUGCCCUGUGUGGGAACACCAGCUGAGCAAGCCUUGGAGAAAGCCCUGGCCAUCCUCACCCUGCGCCGUGCCCUGCCUGGUAUUGUCCGCCAUCUGCAAGAGGCCCUGCAGGAGUACUAUACCUUGGUGGACCGGGUGCCAGCCCUGGUGCACCACCUGGCCAGCAUGGACUACUCUGCAGUGGUCUCAGAAGAAGAUCUGGUCACUAAGCUCAAUGCCGGUCUGCAGGCUGUGUCUGAGGACCCCAGGCUCGUGGUGCGGGCUGUUGGGCCCAAAGAAACCUCUUCUGGGCCUGAGGCUGAAGUUGAUGAUACCCUAGUUGCAGCCCCUGAGGUGCCUGAGUUGCCCCAGGAUGAAGCUGCCCGGCAAGCCGUGGUGAACUCUGUCUUUCAGGUGUCAGUGCUGCCAGGUAACGUGGGUUACAUGCGCUUUGAUGGAUUUCCAGAUGCCUCUGUGCUGGGGGCACUAGCCCCCUAUGUGCUACGCCAAGUGUGGGAACCCCUGCAGGACACAGAGCACCUCAUCAUGGACUUGCGCUAUAACCCCGGGGGACCAUCCUCUGCGGUGCCUCUUCUGCUGUCCUACUUCCAGGGGCCAGAGGAAGGCUCUGUGCGCCUCUUCACCACCUAUGACCGCAGGACCAACGUCACACAGGAGCACUUCAGCAGCAGCGAGCUGCUGGGCCCGCGCUAUGGAAACCAGCGCGGGGUGUACUUGCUCACCAGCCACCGGACUGCCACUGCAGCUGAGGAGUUCGCCUUCCUCAUGCAGUCCCUGGGCUGGGCCACGCUGGUGGGCGAGAUCACUGCGGGCAGCCUGCUGCACACCUGCACUGUGCCACUGCUGGAUACGCCUGAAGGAGGUCUGGUGCUCACUGUGCCAGUGCUGACUUUCAUUGACAACCAUGGUGAGGGCUGGCUGGGUGGUGGAGUGGUGCCUGAUGCCAUCGUACUGGCUGAGGAGGCCCUGGACAGAGCCCAGGAAGUGCUGGAGUUCCAUCGCAGCUUGGGAGCCUUGGUGGAGGGCACAGGGCACCUGCUGGAGGCCCAUUACGCACGGCCAGAGGUUGUGGAGCAGAUGGUGUCUCUGCUGCGAGCCAAGCUGGCUCACGGGGCCUACCGCACGGCUGUGGACUUGGAAUCGCUGGCCUCGCAGCUCACUGCUGACCUGCAGGAAGUGUCUGAGGACCACCGCUUGCUGGUGUUCCACAGUCCUGGCGAGCUGGUGGCUGAGGAGGUGCCCUUGCCACCCCCGGUGGUCCCCUCUCCAGAGGAGCUCUCCUACCUCAUCGAGGCCCUGUUCAAGUCAGAGGUGCUACCUGGCCGGUUGGGCUACCUACGAUUCGAUGCCAUGGCUGAGCUGGAGACGGUCAGGGCCAUCGGGCCACAGCUGGUUAGGCUGGUGUGGCAGCCGGUGGUAGACACAGCCGCGCUAGUUAUUGACCUGCGCUACAACACUGGCAGCUACUCCUCGGCUCUGCCACUGCUGUGCUCCUACUUCUUUGAGGCAGAGCCCCACCAGCACCUCUACUCCAUCUUUGAUAGGGCCACCUCAAAGGUCAUGGAGAUGUGGACGGUGUCCCAGGUGACCGGGCAGCGUUACGACCCCCACAAGGACCUCUACAUCCUGAUGAGCCACACCAGUGGGUCUGCAGCAGAGGCCUUUGCUCACACCAUGCAGGACCUGCAGCGGGCCACAGUCAUCGGGGAGCCCACAGCUGGAGGGGCACUCUCAGUGGGCAUCUACCAGGUGGGCAGCAGCCCCUUAUAUGCCUCCAUGCCCACCCAGAUGGCCCUGAGUGCCACCACUGGGGAGGCCUGGGACCUGGCUGGGGUGGAACCUGACGUCAUUGUGCCUGCCAGCGAGGCCCUCUCUACAGCCCAGGAUAUAGUGGCUCUGCGUGCCAAGGUGCCCACCGUGCUGCAGACAGCUGGGAAGCUUGUAGCUGAUAACUACGCCUCCCCUGAGCUGGGGGCCAAGAUGGCUGCCAAGCUGAGUGGUCUCCAGAGUCGCUAUGCAAGGGUGACCUCAGAAGGGUCCCUAGCUGAGAUGCUAGGGGCUGAUCUGCAGCUGCUUUCUGGGGACCCACACCUGAAGACAGCCCACAUCCCUGAGGAUGCAAAGGACCGCAUUCCUGGAAUUGUACCUAUGCAGAUCCCUUCUCCAGAAGUCUUUGCAGACUUGAUCAAGUUUUCUUUCCAUACUAAUGUGCUGGAGGACAACAUUGGCUACCUGAGGUUUGACAUGUUUGGGGACUGUGAGCUGCUCACCCAGGUCUCUGAGCUGCUGGUGGAACACAUCUGGAAGAAGAUUGUGCACACAGAUGCCAUGAUUAUCGACAUGAGGUUCAACAUUGGUGGCCCCACCUCCUCCAUUGCUGCCCUGUGCUCCUACUUCUUUGACGAAGGCCCUCCAGUUCUGCUUGACAAGAUCUACAGCAGGCCCAAUGACUCUGUCAGUGAACUCUGGACCCACACUCGUCUUGCAGGUGAACGCUACGGCUCCAAAAAAAGUGUGAUCAUCCUGACCAGUGGUUUAACAGCUGGUGCUGCGGAGGAAUUUACCUACAUAAUGAAGAGGCUGGGCCGGGCCCUGGUCAUCGGGGAAGUGACCAGUGGGGGUUGCCAGCCACCACAGACCUACCAUGUGGACGACACCCACCUCUACAUCACCAUCCCCACAGCCCGCUCUGUGGGAGCUGCAGAUGGCAGCUCCUGGGAGGGUGUAGGCGUGACACCCCAUGUGCUGGUGCCUGCAGACCUGGCCCUAACCAGAGCCAAGGAGAGGCUCCAGCACAUCCUGAAAGGGUGA